AUGAAUGGCAACAGCCGCGCCGCUGACCCUAAAGGCCCUGCUAUCCUACCUAUGAUGCAUCAUCUCUUCCGCCGCAAUCGCGCAUACAAAGAACUGGUGGUCGACCGUAACUUAUACCAGGCCAACAACCCGGAGACAAGGCCGAACGCCCCUGCGGCCUUCUUCAGAGCGACUACAGUUAAUACACGAUCGUCUGCCAUCGAGAAGUACGAGGCAGCCAACACACUGUGA